AUGGUCAAAGGAGAGCUCGUCACCCUCGGCGCGGCUGCCACCGCUCUCGGAGGCGCCUACAAGCUCGCCGAAUUCCUCACAAAGGCCAAGCGGGUUCGUGAUGUCGGUCCAUCCAACGCCGUCUACGUGCGCAUCAUCGGUCGCGUCCGCUCUGAUCUCGAGGAGGUGCGCCGUCUGCUCUCGGUCCGCGAAAUCCACGACAUCCUCGAGGCCAACCACGAAAAGUCCAAAUGGGUCUACGGCUGCAUGCGCGAUGUGCGCGGCGCCCUCGAGAACAUUGCGCCCCAUACUGAACGCGUCGCUGGCGACAUUGAGGACGGCCGCCGUGUCGGCAUGAGGCACCGUGUUUACUGGCUGCUCAGCGAGAAGGAAAAGCUCGAGAACAGAGAAAAGGAACUCGCAAUUGCCCACAACAGUCUUCGCGAGGUCCUCGGCUACUUGACCACUCUCGAGCCCAUUGAAGAGCCCCACAAGCCCAAGCAUUCCAAGAAAGACAAGGAGAAGAAGGAGGAGACGCACAUCGACAUUGAAAUUCAUCAAGAGGCUCCUCCUCCUCCACCUCCUGCUCCCGCCCAUGCUCCUGCUCCUGCUCCCGCUCAUGCCCACCACACUACCCACACGACGCACAUUGACCGGGACAUCUACAUUGAGCAGAAUGCUGGUGCUCCCAGGCGCGUUGAGGAACACCGUGAUGUCUGGGUUGAGCGCGACCACCAGCCGCCUGCCCACUACCAGGAACACCGUGAGGUCUAUGUCGAUGAACGCGAGCGUGGCCCCCAGCACUACGAUGACCGCGGCCGUGGUCCUCCCCCUCCUCCUCACCACCACGAUGCCCACUGGGAACACCACGGCCGUGAGCCCCGCUACGAGUCCCACUACGACGAGCGCUUCGAGCAGCAGGACCACUACCGCUCCCAGUAUCCCAUUGAGACGCGCGAGACGUACCAGCAGAACCGCCUGUACCCGGAGCCCCUAGGCCGUCCCGCCGAAGCCUUUGAGGAACGUCUUCCCGAGCGCGACACUUGGCACCAAAGCAGCGCCCGCAACCAACGCCCAGGUCAGUACGGCCCCUACGGAGCACAGUAUGCCGAAUACGGUGCCCCUCAGCCUAUUGGCGCAGCCCACUACGCCCGUAGGUUCAAAGGAGAUCCAGGCUUUGGCGACGAAGAAAUACUAAAUCCGCAACCAGUGCCGUUGGACAGGAAGUACGCCGAACGCGAGAUGUGGAUUGAACAAAAGGAGGACUACCGCUUCGAUCAGUAUGGGAACCGCUUGCCGGAUAGGCUGUUCCAGCCACCUGUUCCUCGACCCUAUCGCAGCCGCAUGUGA